GAGCUUCGGCCUCGGCUCUGUGCCAUGAAGAAGGGCGCCAACGGCUAUGGCUUCAACCUGCACAGUGACAAGUCUAAGCCAGGCCAGUUCAUCCGGGCAGUGGACCCAAACUCUCCAGCUGAGGCGUCAGGGCUCCGGGCGCAGGACCGCAUUGUGGAGGUGAAUGGAGUCUGCAUGGAGGGCAAGCAGCAUGGGGAUGUGGUGUCUGCCAUCAAGGCUGGUGGGGACGAGGCCAAGCUGCUGGUGGUAGACAGGGAAACUGAUGAAUUCUUCAAGAAAUGCAAAGUGAUCCCAUCUGAGGAGCAUCUGAAUGGUCCCUUGCCGGAGCCCUGCACCAAUGGGGAGAUACAGAAGGAGAACAGUCGUGAAGCCCUGGCGGAGGCAGCCUCCGAGAGCCCCAGGCCAGGCCUGGCGAGAUCCACCUCCAGUGAUACUAGUGAGGAGCUGAAUUCCCAAGACAGCCCCCAGAAGCAGGACUCCACGGCACCCUCAUCUACCUCCUCCUCUGACCCCAUCCUGGACUUCAACAUCUCCCUGGCCGUGGCCAAAGAGAGGGCCCACCAGAAGCGCAGCAGCAAACGGGCCCCGCAGAUGGACUGGAGCAAGAAAAACGAACUCUUCAGCAAUCUCUGAGUGCCUCAUCCCAGGGGACUGGCAGGCCCAAGUCAGCCUCCCAGCCCACGUCUCCUUUUCUCUCCUCCCUAACUAUUCCCCUGAAUCGAUGUACAAAUCAGCACCACCAUCUCCUUUCCUGAUGAAUUUGAUUUUUCUAGAAAACUAUGUUCUUCCCUUACCUUUGGGAAGGUGAAUGUUUUUCUGUCCGCCCCAAUCAGAAAGCACUCUGUCCUCUUCCUCCUCCUCACCAAGUGCUUCAUCCUACCAGGUGUCCCCUUGCCACCUGCCUGGGACACCACUGGAACCUAUUACAAGGAUCAUGGGACCAGGCGAGAGGGCAUCUUCCCUCGCGACCCCACAUGACGACUGGGUCCAGGGCUAUCAAGGACCUCUGACUGCAGCAGCCACAGCCUGCAGGCACAGGGCGUCUGUCAUCCUGAGCACCGUGGCUUAGCCAUCUUAUUUUUGUUCAUCUGAUUUUGUUAAAAGAGUGCAGUAUCACAGAGUGUAGAGGAAUUUUUGUUUCCCUGAUUAACAUGAUUUUCCUGGUUGUUGCAUCCGGGGCAUAGCAGCAGCCUCAGCCUUAAACUUUGGUUUCUACUCUUAUGGGAGGGUUUGGCUACCCCUGCCCAUUCCUGGGCUGGACUCCACUACUGUAAGGAAACUCCUUCAGAAAUUCACCUGGUUCCUCCAAACCA